AUGCUAUAUGGUGAUAGAACGACCACUAAAAAGGCCACAGAUACUAAGGAGAAGCCCUUUCUGUGCCAAUGCGGGUCUUCGUUCUCUAGACGAGAUCUGCUCACGCGGCAUCGGAGGUUGACUGGGCAUGAGGAGGCCGAUCCACCUCCAGACGGGACAACCUCCGAGGCUGGCUCUGCAGGAUUUUCGCACAGACAUUGGCAGCAAAGUGGCGCCAGACAGGUGGACUCUGGUGCCGUUGUCUCUUUGUCCGGACUGAACGGCCCCUCUCCGACAAAUCAGCCGUGGGCGGAGGUUCCUGAUCAAACGGCGGUAGCCGGUGAAGAGGAACAUGAUGGCACCACGAAAGCGCAACAGUCCGAUUUUGACCUCUUUUCGCCAAUAAUAUAUGAUGGCAUCGACUUUGAUACACACUUCCGUGAGUUCACGAACUUCCUCGACGGAGUCGGUCUUCCCAACGAAUGGAGCCCGGUUGUCGACGAGUCUAGUAUGGAUGGGAAUCCAUUUCUUUUCAAGUUAGGAGACGCCACUGAAAACACUGAAGCCGCCUCGCCUGGACGAGAGGCCCAAACAAGAGCUGGUACGCCGUUCAGCUCAUGGUUGCCUUCUGCACCAGGCGGAACUAAAUCUUCGCACCAUGUUGCUGAGACAGACAACUUCCUCCUCCCUUCCCGCCAUGCCCUCACCCGCUACAUCGGUUCUUUCUUCGGAGGAUUCCAUUCCCACAUGCCUUUCAUCCACGUGCCUACAUGGCAAAUCCACGAACACUCGCCGGAAUUAGUUCUUGGAAUCGCUGCAAUUGGCGCACAUUAUUGCUUUGAGCGACGUGUGUCGGAGAGAUUGUUCUUUGCGGGAAAAGCAAUCCUCAUAGCCGGCCUUGAAAUCAAAACCGAAAUCUACGGGCUUUCCAAGGGUUUCGGUUCAGCGUGCCCUUACCCCACGAUGAAGAGCCAGGAUUCUUUCACUGGAGCUGAUCAAAGUUCGUUAAUUGAGAGUAUCAGGGCUUUGAUUACGCUAAUGGGGUUUGCCACAUGGGAACCCAAAGCGUCGAUGGUGCAAGAGGCCUUCGCCCUGCAAGAGAUCCUAACAUUUGUCAUCAGAGAGGCUGGGUUAGAAGAUGCAGACAACUUUACGUCGGCCACGUCCUCAGAUGAGCAAAGCGAUGCCAUCACUGCGAGACUGAAAUGGCGAUCGUGGGUCGAGCAAGAAUCCAGCCGGCGAACAAGGUUGAUCGCAUUCUCUUUUCUCCACACUCAUAGCAUCGCGUACAAUGUGUAUCCUACUCUGCGCAGCAAUGAGAUCGGCCUUCAACUGCCUUGUUCAACCAAAGAGUGGAAGGCCCCAAACGAGUUACUUUGGCACGCUGCGAGGAAGGAGAUACGAAAGCCUCAGCUUUAUUUCAAGGACGCUCUCUCCUUGCUUCUGAAGAAUCGCGAUGAGCUUACCCCGCUAGAUCCUAUUCCGACGCCGCUUGGGAACUAUGUUCUCCUCCAUGGCCUACUCCAGAGGAUCCAUAUUGUCCGAGAUUUAUGUUUACCAGUUGUGAACAAUACGGCAGCGCUCCCAAGAGAAGAGACUGAGAAACUUGGAAAUGGGCUCCGCUCCUGGACUUCCUGUUGGCAACAGGCUCCCGAGUCUACCCUUGACCCAAACAAUGAGAAUGGCCCCAUUCCAUUCACAUCCAGCGCCCUACUCGCCCUUGCAUACACACGUAUCUACAUGAACCUCGGGCCCUAUAGGGAGCUCGAGACGCGUGAUCCACAGCUCAUCGCCCACGCCAUCGCAUCGAGCCCUCCGAUCGAGCGCAGCGAUGGUGUCAUUGCGGCGCUACUCUACUCAGUUCAUAUGAUGAGUAUUCCUGUCAAGCUGGGAAUUGAUCGCGUUGCUAAGAGCCAGGCCUUUUUUUGGAGUGUGAGGCAUUCACUUUCCAGUCUAGAGUGUGGCGUGUUACUGAGCAAAUGGCUUUCUCGGGUUGCGGAAACAAUGGCUGUCAUUCCGCUGAGUGAUAGCGAGGAUAGAAUAAUGUAUUGGGUGAGAUGCAUUAUAGAAGAGGCCUACUCGGUGGUUGAUUUCUAUCCGACAGAGUUCAUCGAUUUCCGCAAUCCGUUGAACUUAUCUUUUGCAGUCUUGCAGCUCUGGGCUCAUUUCUUCAAAAGUAAUACCCAAUGGCCGUUGAUCAAUAUCCUCGGGCAGAGCUUGGAGAAGUAUCGUGAGAUACUGAUUCAAAACAGACGGACGCACACUGCAGUAUAA